AUGUCGACGCAGUCUUCCGGUGGUCCUGACAGCUCGGUCGAACCCAGCCCUGAAUCUAGCCUGGAGUGUCUGGGGUCCUUUGUCGAAAAAGAAAACGCUCGUGUGAGGGUUGAGUGCCGCGACGUUGAGGCCGGUGAACAGUCCCAAGAUGAGCUUGACAGUCUUGUCCACUGGAAUGGCCCCGACGACCCUCGGAAUCCCAUGAACUGGUCCGAUGCUCGGAAAUGGCUCAUUAUUGGCCUGAUAUCACUGAGCAGUUUCAAUACGUCUCUGGUCUCCACCAUUUUUGCUCCCGGUGUCCCGGAAGUUCUGAAGGAGUUCCAUAUUGACAACUCUUCUCUUGCAUCUCUCAUGGUCUCUAUCUACGUGAUGGGAUCAGCAGUGGGGCCUCUCGUACUUACACCGAUUACGGAAAUGAGUGGAAGAUUACCAGUGACACACGGAGCGAAUAUCCUCUUCAUGAUCGCGGCAAUAAUCUGCGCAUCCAGCGUCAACAUCUCCAUGCUCAUUGUUUCUCGGCUGAUCAUGGGAAUUGCCAGCUCAGUACCGGUAACAGUUGGAGGAGGGUUUGUUGCUGACAUGAUUCCUAUGGAAAAACGGGGAACUGCAAUGACAAUAUGGACGGUGGGACCCUUGCUUGGCUUUGUAAUCGGUCCUAUAUUCGGAGGCUACAUGGUGGAGAAUGUGGGAUGGCGAUGGACUGUGUGGCUUGAAGCAAUACUGGGAGGCCUCGUUGUUAUUGCAUCGCUGAUAUUCCUCCGUGAGACGUAUGCGCCAACAAUACUACGGCGCAAAGCAAUCAGUCUUCAUAAGGCUACUGGGCAGCACUAUUACACCAAGUUUGACUCUGAACGCACAGCUGGCCAGAUGCUUUUGACAUCCUUGACGCGACCAAUCAAAUUCCUCUUUCUGUCGCCUAUCGUCUUGAUCGUAUCUCUUUACAGCGCCGUAACUUACAGCUAUAUGUACAUUCUUUUCACUACCUUCACCGAUGUCUUCGAGAAUGUCUACGGUUUCAGCCCAGGUCAGGCGGGCCUUGGAUAUCUGGGCCUUGGGAUGGGCUUUUGCGUCGGACAGAUCACAGUGGGCUACUACUCUGAUCGACAUGUCAAAAAGCAAGAAAAGAUCCAUGGCCAGAUGAAACCAGAGCACCGCCUUCCACCUCUUGUUCUUGGAUGUUUUCUAGUCCCGAUUGGCCUGUUCUGGUACGGCUGGUCCGCACAGUAUAGGGUUCAUUGGAUUGUCCCCAUUAUUGGGACUUUCUUCAUUGGUACAGGGAUCUUCUAUGUACACCUCGUUACUCAGGUGUAUCUUGUUGAUUCAUAUACCCUCUACGCCGCCAGUGCUGUCUCCGCUGAGCUAGCCUUGCGAUGCGUUUUUGGCGCCACUAUCCCUUUAGCCGGUACGCCCUUGUACGAAACACUGGGCCUAGGCUGGGGAAACACCCUCCUUGGUUUUAUUGCGCUUGCCUUUGCACCAACAUCGUUCUUCUUACUGAAAUAUGGGGAAAGCAUCCGGACCAACCCCAAAUUCAUGCCAAAGAUGACCUAA